AGUGUUCUCGUAGUUACGUCACAGGCAGCUGACUAAAGCCGGAAAUCUCUUCGAGAACAGCAUAGCUUCCAAAAAUAAGCUGAACUAUUUGGCGUUUUCAGUUGAUUUCGAAUGGAGUCGACCUUAGAGCAACACCUUGAUGACACCAUGAAGAAUCCAGCAGUGGUGGGAGUGCUUUGUACGGAUCAGCAAGGACACAACCUGGGGUGCAGAGGCUCCCUGUCAGAUGAACAUGGGGGUGUUGUUUCAGUUUUGGCCAAACAAGCUGCAGCUCUCACCAGAGACCCCACAGACACUCCUACUGUGUGCCUGGAGUCUGACUCAGGGAACAUUCUGCUGCGGAGUCAUGGGACCAUCACAAUUGCUCUUCACAAGAUUGCUUCUUAAAACGACCAAGGCCUACAAGACAAGAAACACGGACAGAUAACUGGACUCAUACCAAAUACACGAAAAUACUGCAGUGUCAGCCAAUAGCGGCUCUGAUGAGCAGAAGACGCUCUUUGGAAUAAGAAAUCAAACCCUUAAUAAACGUCAUCUGGGUUGUU